GCUCUCCCCUCCCGGUUUCCAGAGGCCCAGGCCUGGACAGCAGCCCCAGGGGGCCUGGAGGAGGGACACAUUUUCCCAAGUCCCAGCACUGGCUUCCUGGCAGGCCAGGCGCACACAGGGCUUGGUUGCUCCUCCCUCUCGCCUGCUGCAGAAGGGGGGCCCUGGGACAGAGGAACCCGCUGCUUUCCGUUGCGCCACUCUGAAGGAGGAGAGAGAGGAUAAACCCCAGGAUCUGGAUGUAAGGAGGGGUGGCGUUUGCAGAGCUCCACAUCACAGGCUUUCCCUGGCCCCUGCCUCCAAGAAAUUUGGACGACUACUGCCCCUGUCAUGCAGACUUCGUAGCCCAGCUCCCAUAAUGAGCGAGGAAAGCAGCAAUCCCUCCAUGGGCUGGGAGCACCGACCCCAGGACCUGUGGAGCAUGGACCCUCGGUCUUGGGAUCCCUUGAGAUAUUCAGUACCACAGGCCAGCCUGGCUCACACUACUGACAAGGGCAAAAGUGCUGUGCUGAGGAGAGGUGUUGCCACCUGCCAGGUUCUCCCGAAGAGCUGUGAAGAGGGCCCCUGCAGCACAGUGCAAGCCAGGAGAGCCAGGCUCUACAUGUACUGUCCGCCCAUUCAGACUUGCCGGAGCUCCCCGGCCCCGCCUGCCCCUCUGCCUCUCAAGGCAGAGACAUUUGUUUGGGUUAACAAUGCAUCAGCGCAUUCCCAGAGUGUUGCCAAGGCCAAAUAUGAAUUUUUAUUUGGCAGAUCUGAAGAGAAACCUCCAAAUACUAGUGAUCAUGGAGGAAGCACUUUACUCCCACCGAAUGUCACAAAUGAAUUUCCAGAAUAUGGGACCAUGGAAGAAAGUGGAGACGGCCUAAGAGCUUCUCUGGGGUUUGAUACAGAGUCUCUGUCAGGUGCCCCACGAGGACAGCAGGGGGUCCAGUUUGUCGAUGGCCCCCACUGUAGGCUCAACAACGUUACAGAAGGACCACAGGAUGGCAGAGAGUCCCAUCCUAGAUGUCAGCUCAAGGAACAGAGUUUACAACCCAUUGAUGAUUUGAUUUCAACUCUGAAAGCCACAGAAGCCAGAAUAGCUUCAGGAACAUUACAGGCUACAAAGGUACUGGAAAAGAAUGCUGUUUCUAGUUUUUCAACUCAGCAGGUGGAGGAGAAGCUGGACACUGCCCCUUAUAAAACAGAGAGACAGAGAGCCAACAAAAUAUUUCCUGCUGGCCAAGAAAAAGGACCAGAUGUACCUCUUUCAGCUGAAGUUACGACUGAGGAGAACUCUUAUUCGAGCAUCCAGAAGGAUGUGACUGUACUGUUAGCUGGAGAGGCUCAAGUAGAGCUUUGCAGGAUAACUGAUGAUGCCAGGAAAGGGGCUUUGCAUGUGCAGGGGCCAGCUGGUCCAGCAUCCUCUGUGGGGAGCCCAGCAGCUGCCCAUGCCUCUGUAGGUACUGUUGGUUUUCUGAGGGAGAUGAGGUCUGAUCAAGGUAGCUCCACGGGACGCCCAGGCCGGGUCAAACAUGUGGAAUUUCAAGGGGUAGAGAUAUUGUGGACAGGAGGGGAGAAAAGAGAGCCACAACAGCCUGUGGAUUUUGAGAUUUCACUGGAAAGGACGGCCCCUCCUGAAAGCAGAGAGUUUCCCCGAGUGCCAAGCCAUCUCAUCUCAUCUGCUGGUUUGUAUAAUUCAGUUGGUUUAACUGAGAGUGUUUGGGAUGAAACCUGGAGCGCUUCAUCAGAGAAGCCGGGAGCUAGCUCAGGGGCAUUCUCGCCUCUGCCUCUUGUUGACAGUGGAGAGGAUGAAGUCUUCCUAAAGGAAAACAAAGAACAUCUUGAGAAGAAACCUGAACUGGAGAGAGACAAGGAAAGGAUUCUUGAGCAAGAGGAGCACUUUAGGGGGGGAGAUGAUGAUCUCCUUGGGCAUGGGUAUGCAGAGGACUCCACUGAUGUGUACAGCUCCCAGUUUGAAACUAUUUUGGACAACACUUCGUUAUACUACAGUGCUGAAUCCUUGGAGACAUUAUAUUCAGAACCCGAUAGCUAUUUUAGCUUUGACAUGCCCCUCACUCCGAUGAUCCAGCAGCGCAUUAAAGAAGGCACUCAGUUCCUGGAGAGGACAUCGGUGGCAGGACAGCAGGACGUCCUGAGCAUCUCAGCAGUUGGUGAGAUAGUGAUGGGCUGUUCUAGUGAGAUCGCCAAUGGGCUGAAUGACACCAGUGACCCCAUCUACACGAAAGGCACCCCGGAGAUUGCUUUCUGGGGAAGCAAUGCUGGUGUAAAAACAACCCUGCUAGAGGCUCAUUCUGAGAUGGGGAGCACUGAAAUUCUGGAAAAGGAGGCCUCAGAAAGUCUCAGUAAUGGUACCCGCAGCAACGUAGAAGCAGCCAGGAGGCUGGCCAGACGACUUUAUCAACUAGACAGAUUCAAAAGGUCGGAUGUCGCAAAGCACCUAGGCAAGAACAAUGAAUUUAGCAAACUAGUUGCAGAAGAAUAUCUGAAGUUUUUUGAUUUUACAGGAAUGACCCUGGAUCAGUCUCUCAGGUAUUUCUUUAAAGCAUUUUCUCUUGUGGGAGAAACUCAAGAACGAGAGAGAGUUUUAAUACACUUCUCCAAUAGAUACUUUUAUUGUAACCCAGAUGCCAUUGCUUCACAAGAUGGAGUCCAUUGUCUCACUUGUGCAAUGAUGCUUCUUAACACAGAUCUCCAUGGCCAUAAUAUUGGAAAGAAGAUGACCUGCCAAGAGUUCAUUGCAAACCUCCAAGGGGUAAAUGAGGGUGGUGAUUUCUCCAAGGAUCUACUAAAAACUCCGUAUUUAACGUUUCCCCCCGCUGUGGACAUGUAUCUUCCCAGAACCGGAGCAUUCUUCAUUUAUCUAGCUUUGUACAACUCUAUUAAGAAUGAGAAGCUUGAAUGGGCAGUAGAUGACGAAGAGAAAAAAAAAUCUCCAUCAGAAGGUACUGAUGAGAAGGCUAAUGGAACACAUCCAAAGACCAUCAGUCGUAUCGGGAGCACUACCAAUCCAUUCUUAGACAUUCCUCACGACCCGAAUGCUGCUGUGUACAAAAGUGGAUUCUUGGCUCGGAAAAUCCAUGCAGAUAUGGAUGGAAAGAAGACUCCAAGAGGAAAGCGAGGAUGGAAAACUUUUUAUGCUGUACUAAAGGGAACAGUCCUUUAUUUGCAAAAGGAUGAAUAUAAACCAGAAAAGGCCCUGUCAGAAGAGGAUUUGAAAAACGCCGUGAGUGUGCAUCAUGCGCUGGCAUCCAAGGCCACAGACUACGAGAAGAAGCCAAAUGUGCUUAAACUUAAAACGGCUGACUGGAGGGUCUUGCUUUUUCAAGCCCAGAGUCCAGAGGAAAUGCAGGGGUGGAUAAACAAAAUUAAUUGUGUUGCAGCUGUAUUUUCUGCACCACCAUUUCCAGCAGCCAUUGGAUCUCAGAAAAAGUUUAGUCGUCCACUUCUGCCUGCCACUACAACAAAAUUAUCUCAGGAGGAACAGCUGAAAUCUCAUGAAAGCAAGCUGAAGCAGAUUACCACUGAGCUGGCUGAGCACCGCUCCUAUCCCCCAGACAAGAAAGUUAAAGCCAAGGAGAUAGAUGAAUACAGACUGAAGGAUCACUAUCUGGAGUUCGAGAAAACCCGUUAUGAAAUUUAUGUCAGCAUUCUAAAAGAAGGAGGCAAGGAGCUCCUGAGUAACAAUGAAAGUGAGGCUGUAGGAUUGAAGAAGUCACAUUCAAGUCCUUCGCUGAACCCAGAUUCAUCUCCAGUUACAGCCAAGGUCAAGCGUAACGUGUCAGAGAGGAAAGAUCACCGACCUGAAACACCAAGCAUUAAGCAAAAAGUUACUUAGAAUCCAUCUGUGACCAGGAAGUACUGGUCAUGGAGCAAAAUAGAGUUUUUCAAGAUCUUUCUGGUAAACCCGUGAAUAUCUUUUUAAACAGUCUGUGACUAAAUGGUGCAUUAGUAACCUUUUCUAUUGCAUAGCUUUGUUAGUUUCUGUACUGAUUGUCUCUUUGCUCUUGAUUUCUUGGCUUUGAUGAUUUUUUUUGCUACUUGAUGACUAAUGCACCUUUUUCAUGAGGGGAAGGGGAUCAUGAUUUCAGAAUGAUUAUGUGUCACUUUUCCUUUGGUUUUUUUCUUGUUUGCACUCUGCUCAGUUGUUUUAUGUAUUCUCAAAUCAGCUAUUACACUUUUUUUUAAGGUUAAAAAAUUAAAUUCCUUGUGGAACAUUUAACUGGACAAACUUGGUAGUUUAGCAAAUUCUAGCCAGAGUUAAUAUAAGCCUUUAUAUGUGAAAUCUUGCUCAGUCACUGAGGUGAAAUUGAGCACUCACAGAAAUUCAGUUAAGAAUUAAAAUUCUGGGAAUCAAGAUGUCCCACUGUGAUGCAGAUGUGCAUACAUCUUCACACUUACUGUUGAGUUCUGACUCUGCUGGAAGCAGGGAUAGGAGGUGUGAAGAUCAGAGGACUGGAGAACUUAAGAAGUGCAUUAGCUUCCUUGAAGUAUUGAUUUCAUUUCAGCCAAAGAAGGAAAGAGAAAGUGAAAUCUUUCGCCAUUGAAGGUUGUGGAAAGACGACACCAAGUUCAUUUUGUUUCCUAAAGGGUAGUGGCAAUAAUUGACUCUUGGGGAGCUGUAGCAGUAGGCUUGCGAUUGGUGUGCAGGAAAUCGUUACCUCAUUCCCAGGGUCUAGACUAGGAAUCCAGAAUCAUCUCUAUCGUCAAUACUCUGCCAUUCAGGAAUUAGGUUAUUUUAGGCAUGGUGUUAUCUCCUGAUUGUAAAAUAUUGGAGUCUUCCUAACAAAAUAAUGUUGAAAACAGAACUCCUUUUGUUCUUUUUUAAAUCAAAACAAAGUAAGACAGGAAAAAGUAGCUGCAGUUGUUCAGCAAUGCAAUGAAUAUUGAUUCUUUAAAAUAAAUCUGAAAGUAAUAAAUUGAAUGAAUUGUGAUUGGAAAACUGGAAUCUACUGGCUACAUAAGCAAGGUUACUUAGUUUAUUCUUAUCUCAGUCUUUUUGAUAGCCAAUUCAGUCUGCUACUACUGAACUUUCUCCUGAGAACAAGUACUUUAUUUUAAAUCAUUAUUUUCUAUCUACUCAAAUUUUAUUAACCUUACAGUCAUGAGUUUUUUCCAGUGAUGGUCCCUUUGCAAUUUAGGAUAAUAAACAUCACAUUCUCCUGUAGAGGUAGAAAAAGUGAAAAUUGAGCCUUCUAUUAGUUAGAACUUUCUGAUUUUGAAACCUUGAUACUUUGUGAUAGUUAAAGCUAUAAUCUUCAUGACUUCAGAGAUAAUAGAAUCACUUUGAAUACUCUUCUCUCCCAUACAUAUUUGCUCUAGUUGUGCUCAGUUUAUUAGUUAAAGGUACUAUGACCAAAGAAUCAGGGACUCUGCAUGAAUAGCAUGGUUCUGGUAAAUUAGAGAAAACCUGCUAUUAAACCAUGGUGGUUUCUAGUGCUGUAUUGUUCUGAUGUACCAGCAUUUAAUCACAAGAUUAUUUAUUAACAUUUACUUCCUUUACCUAUAUAAAUGCCCAUAUUUGCUAGUGCCCAGAAAAGAGAAACCCCAUGCUAAGGUUGUAGCUGCUUGCUUUGUGAUAAGUAUUUUGCCACACCUUGAAAAGUUCACUCUAACCCUCUAUCUUGUUUACAUGAAGGCAAUGACUAAUUUAUGUUUCAAACCCAAAAAACAAGGUAGUUCCCAAUAUAGCCCUGUGUACCUGAUUCAUUUUUGUAGCUUCUGACCAAAUCCGAGAUUUCCAUGAGGGAAUCAUCUCUCUUCCUCAAAUCUGAAUAAUUAACCUAUUUGUUUUCUGCCUAGAUACUUAACUCAUACCAAGCAGAAAAAUACCUAGACUAUAUAAUCUCUGAGCUUCAAUAACUAAAGAAAAAUAAACAUCCCUGAUUGGCUUGAAUGUGUUUGUCCAUAGUGUGACUGUGUCUGUGUAUAUAGAAUGUCUCUGUGUAUUUUACUUACAGUAUAUAAUAGACAUGAAAUGGUACCUUGCUACAGUGUUUCUGACAUUUAGAGUAGUUCUGAAAUGCUCAGUUAGCAUCAGCAGCACUAUAGCAUUAUUCCUAUUAUAUGACUUACUACUGUUAGCCUACAGGAACUUCUGUAGGAUAUGCUAAUAGAUAAAUGGAUGAGAAGGACACUUUGAAGCUGCCAUAUACUAUGCUUGCAUAGUUCCUCUUUAAAAACAACUGCAAAAGGUUUUUCUGUGAGCCAGGAUCCCAGAUUGCCCUGGCAUGAUGUUGCCCAUCUGCAGGGGAUGGGUUGAGAAUACUUCUGCCCUAUUUGCUGUCAGUGCACCUAGCAGGCCAAGAGUUUAUUCAAUAGGAGGAAGUGGUCCCUGAUUUGACUAGAUUCUAAGAGUUUUGCCAAUAGCCAACCACAUUUUCCUUUGUGAUAAUUUUUUUUACAAUGAUAUCUAGUCAGAAGAAAUUGAAGACAUUUCCUUUCACAGCUAUUCCAAGCCUGCUACCUAGUUCACAGUACAGGGACCUCUUCUUCUCCUUUCCUUCUUCCCAUUCCCACUCCUCAUCCAUAUCUCAGCACCAGGAGCCUUGGGAUUUCUCUCCGUGUGGUAAAUUAUUAUUCUCCUUCAUAUAAAUACACUUAAUAUUUUUUGUACAGAAAAUCUUGAUAGUCAUCAAAACACCUUGGUGAUAGUCUUGUUGCAUAAUUGACCGUGGCUAAUGUAUAAAAUCUUUGAGAGUUUUCGGGCUUUGUUCCCCCACCUUGCAUGUUGACUUUUACAGGUGUCAGAAAUCUCUUGAUAGCAAUCAAACUUAAUCACUAGCAUACAGAGUCCUUUUUUUUUUUUUUUUUGCCAGGCUUAUAGCCCUUAUUUAAAGUGCACUUUUUAGAAACACUUUGGUACUUUUAGCAACACCUACUUCAACCAAGCAAUACUUCCAUGUUUUUAAUUAAUCUCAAGUAAAACCAAUAUGUGGGAGAGUCCACUGGUAAAACUGUAGUUCCAAUUGAUCCUAGGUAAAGAUGGUAGAAAGCAAUUGUGUGAGACCUUCUAGACUUCUCUGUUAUACUAAUUCAGAAGAUAGGACAAUGUCCUAGUCAGGAGUGAUAAGAGAGAAUUAAUUCUGAAAGAGAAAAAUUGGCUGGCUUUCCAAGGCCAAGCUACAGGUGGUUUCUUGAGUUUGUAUUUUACCCUGUGGCCAAACCACAGAACUUCUGAGGCUAGAUAAUAAUUUAUACAACCUGAAGUGAAGGAGAGUUUUCUGCUGUUCCUGUCCUAUUACUCCUUCUGAUGUAAAAAGCUUGAAAAUCUGUUCUUAGGUAAGGAAGGGCCUGAUUUGGUAUGAGCUAAACCUCUUCUCUGUCUUUAUCCCUAAUCAUAGACAAUGGGAAGAAUAUUGAACUUUUCAGAAGUUUCUCUAUUUCUUACUAGCCAGACUUUCUUGAGUACAGUUAGUUGUCAUUGGAUUUUGAAUUCACAGGGAGUUUCUCAGCCUUAUAGAUCCAAAUUUCUGUACUUUAGCACUUAUGGACCUAGUCAAGUUUUCAGCACAUUGGUAGCUACCUUACCUAAUUUCAGCGGUGAACAAUCUCUUCACUUUUCAAAUGACAAUUUUUUCCAAUUGUAACAUUAACACUGUUAAACAAAGAACCAAAGUGGCAUCCAAGGACUUGUUAAAGUAGAGUUUAGUUAAUGAAUAAUAGUGUGACUUUGGAUUUAAAUAGCAUCUGCUUUUCUCAGCAUCUAAUUUGCUCUGACAAAAAGAGAUCAGUCAGCUUUGUGACUGCAGCUGUAUGAUGAGCCCUCUGCAGCUACCUUGCACCAAAGCUUUCUGGCUGUCUCUUCUCCCAGGCCAGUUCAGGCCAUUCGUCUGCCUUCUCCUUGGGUCAACAGAUAUCUCCAUUAGCCUUUGACAUCCUGUACUGUCAAGUCACCUACAAGACUUUAAAGGUCAGUAGUUCACCAUAAAAUAAUCCCAACAAAUGAUAGGGAAGUGCUUGGUCAUUGCUUCUCCUCUCAGAAUCCUUUUCAAUGUCUCACUGAUAAAAGGGGGACUAAAGUCCAAAGCCAUUGCCAUUCUCCUUUUGUACCUAUAGUAUCCAAAUCCCGAGUGGGCAUCAUUCUGCUUAGGAUAAUAACGCCCAUUGCAUGCAAAGAGAAUAUCUUCAUAGACAGAAUGUCAGUAAAUACUUGAAUCUGCAUGAUAGUUUGUUGACUUGAAUGCAACAGCAAGAAAAUAUUGCAAGUUAAGUAAUUGUAUAUACAGUUUCCUUAAAUCUCCUUGGCUUGUUCUUUGUAAUUUAUGUGUGUAUCUGUAGUAGUGCAGGAUUUUGGAGAAUAUUCAUAUCGAUAGUGUGUCAGACAUCAAAAAAAUGCUUUCUGUCACCUGCCAAUGUUGUAUUGUGGUUAUUUAUAGUUGUACGUAUGUAUAUGUAUCAUUGUGUAGACUGUAUAUCAGUAUAUGGUAUAUGUAUAUCAAAUUUAUUUUUAUCUUUAAUAACCAGUGUGAUAUGAAAAGCAAGUAAAAACCUCAUAGGAUUGAUUAUAUAAUGCAGUUAUUGAGAAUAUAUAUAGUGGUACUGUUUUAUUAAACUUAAAUUAAAAUAUUUUGAUUAGAUUUUUAAUAAGAUUUUAUGUUAGAAAAUUCCAUCUUUGAUCUUUGAAUCACCAGGGCAAAAUGACUCUGAACUAACUUUGUGAAACUAUUUCAGUGUACUGUGUACAACACUAAGGGGGUAGCUCAUUGUAAUUUUAGAUACAUGGAAAGAGGGGAAAAAACAGACAUCCUAUGCAGUCUUAACAACUUCAGUAUUCUGGGCGCUUAACCAUAAACUCAAACUGGCAGUUUUGGGCUUAUUACAAAUUGUGAUGCUUUAAAGCACAUGUUCUUUAUUGUUGUAAUUAGUCCAGAAAAAUAGAGCUUUCAGAAGAAUUAAAUAAGUGCCCACCAUAUCAUUUUUGUGCCUGUGUCUAUUUUACAGUAGAUCAAGCCACUCUUCUAGCACCGCCUCUUUACCCUCUUUAAUUUUAAGAAAUAUUACAAUGUUAAAGUAUAUCAGGGUUUCCCAAGAUCAGGUACUAUAUUCUAGGUUUGCAGUUGUACAAAUUAGCAUCUAGUGUCACAAGUAAAAGAAUUUUAGGGCAGGCUGUGGACCAGGUUAAAACUUAAUUUAAUAUUUUUAUAUUUAGGUCUCUUCCUGCCUCUCCCCAAAGAAGAGCCACUGGCCUUAGUUGUUUGAGCUUACUGCUUAUCUUACAGUGUGUAAAUAUAUAAUUAGAGAUUAAAUGUAUAUUAACCAGCAUGUUUGGUGUAUUUAAAGCAGCAACUGAGUAUGUCUGAGUGAGUGGUUGAGUGCAGUAUAUUUUUAAAAAUACUGUCUCCUAUUCUUUGUAUCUGAUUCAGAGAAUUGGAGUUGUAGAGUGGAAGACCAAUCUUUGGCUCCAGUCUACAGUAGUGUGUUGGUAGUUACAUUGGAGGGUUUUUUUUUUAUUAAACUACAGUUUCAAACUAUUUUUGCAAAUAUAUCAUAUUUCCUAAUUUGUUUUUGACAUGCAGUAAACUGGCUCUGUGACUAACCAGAAGGAUCUUUGUUCUGCAAGAGUGUGUUUCUUUCUAAAAAUUAUAGUGAUUUGCAAAAAAAUCCAUUUGAUUCAGAAAGUAUACAUAAAAGGAGUAGCAAAAAUAAAGUUUCAUUUUGGGCCUUAAUCAUUUGAAAUGUUUGGACUUUUCAUAUAAAGCCAUGUAUGUUAUAAAGCCAAGUAACCAUUUGGCAUGGAUAAUAAUAUCCACUGUAUAGAGAGUAUAUAUGCACACUGAUUUUUAAUGCCAUCAGGAUACUUUUUUAAGCUAUACGAAUGAGACUAAUUAGACCAAAUUGAAAUCAGAGGGCUUGAGGGGGAAGUAUGUGAGCUGGUUGCCUUCCAUUUAAGGUAGACAUACAUGUGGUCAGUCCUCUGCUCCUGAGAGAUUCAGAACCAGUUAACUGUCCCCUUAGGGACAUGUGUAAGGGGAAAGUCUUACACAUGUAGGCCUCCCACAUGUGUACAUACACUUGCACACAUGUAUACAUAGUGGAUGUUUUAAGUUAUACAAACUUUAAAACACAAAAGGCCAGGGUGUAAAAAUGUUGAACGAAGUGGGUGGAAACUGCAUCACAGGAAUAUUUUCUAAGGGCUAGGGAGGAGUUUGAGCUCUAGAGUCUGACUUUGAGAAGCAUCGGAUUUUUAACAAAUAUAUGAAUACAUAUAUAUCACAUCCACCAAAUUGAAAGCUUUCUUAUCAUUCAUAAGCAGCCAGUCUCCAACAUCUUGCAGUACCAUGGGGACAUUCCAGAAGGCUGAUGUUCACUGUUUUCCAGGGUGGCACUGCUGCUUGCCCUGGAGAUCAUUCCUUUGAGAAAGGAACACAAAUAGAGAAGCAAAAAAGCGCUUACCAUAGGAGCAUUAAUAUGAAUUGUCCACAUUCGCUUUUCAGCCAUACUGUUGAGAAAGCUCAGAUUGAAGUUAUGCUGAACAGUUAAGCACUUUUCUAUCAACAAUGACAGUAAAGAUGGAGAUGAAAAGAAACUUAGCUAAAAUAUAUUUCCCUUUGCAGGGUUAAGAACUAAACUCUCACUAAUAAUGUCAUAAACACCUUCACUUCAAUUCCUGAAAAUCUUGGUUAAUGGAGAGAAAUUUGGAGUUUCACUUACCAUUUCCCUGUGAGCUUGCAUAGAUAAGACUUUAGACACUCCCAAGAGAGUCCUAUUCAGAAAGCUCGGUUAAGGACAGUACUGUAGGUCUGAGGCUCCUUGCUCUGACCCCUGAAUACUGGGGCACUACAGAGGAUGACAAUGUAUUCUCUCUGCAAAGAGGAGCUUCUCUUCUGGCCUUCCACUCCACUUGGGCUUCUACUGAGCAGCAGGCACAUCCUGGAUUUCAAUGUUGUUUCCCUGGCUUUAGGAAUCCAGCUGUUGUAAUGAGUAGACCCUGCUGAGGUAAGAUAUCAACUCUGAGAGUGACUGAGUCACUGGAGGUGGCAUAUGACAAAGGUAUUUUAAAAAUUUUCUGACUGACACCAAGACCACAUAUUUUGCCUUUGCACCCAGAUUUCUGGAAAUGGAUAAUGUUUCAGUUCUGUGGGAAGGGUCAGGGAACACUAAGUUUAUUGCUUAGCAUUUCUGCUCAGUGCUUAUUGCUUAGCAUUUCUGCUCAGUUUAGAUGAGAGCUGUUGGGUAAAGGCCUAAAUGCCUCCCUCCAUUCUCUUCUACCUCAGGUUUUAGGAGCCCAUUUCUAGAACAGAAAUUUAUACGAGUGGAGAACCAAUACUGUCAGCCUUGAUUACUGUAGGACAGGCAGGAGGGUAGUAAUAUGUAUCCUGUAAUAUAGAACAAGCUUUUAACUUGUCCAACCUAGUAACUGGAUUAUGUUUUCUGUGACUCAAACUAAUUGGCAGUGUGGAACUUUCAUUUACCUUCAAAGUUUUCUCCACCAAUCAUUGCAGUUUCAUUGCAGUACUGGUGCCAUAUCUCCCUGCAAAUUGUGAAAGUAAUUAGUGACAAAAUAGCAGCCUAAUCCUUUUCAGUGGCCAGACUGUCAGCAUUAGCAGACUUAGGUAAGCUAGUGGGACUGAAUUAUGUACUGGAAACCUGUUCCUCAUUAUCACCCACCAGACUGAAGACAUGCCAUCUCCUAGAGAAUUAUGGCAUUUAUGGUGGUCAUCUUUUUAAUGGAACAGUAACUUAUGCGGAUAUUGUUAAAGUAUUCAGAGACUAUUUUGAAAAUUAAGUUUACAUUUUACAAUUGCUUUAUUUUUUAUUAAAAUAGUUGUAUAUAAAUAUUACUCCAUUUCACUGAUGUUAAAGUAAACCUAACCAUGUAGACAAGUGUGUCACCUGAUAUGUAUAGAAGCUAUGAUAUAUAUAUAGUACUUUUCUCUAUUGUGUAAAUGUUUAUGAAUAUAAUUGUUCUGUGUUUUUAUAAGUUGGGGAUAAUUUGUUGUUUUACAACAACAAAAUCAAUUGAACUUAAGUGGCUUUUAUGUAAUAGAAAUUAUGCAAAAUAGUGAAAGAUUUAAAAUAUGUAUAUGAUAUAUGUAAAUGUACAAACUUUAGAAAGAAAUAAAUUAACAAAUUUCAAUCA